AUGCCCAGGGCGCAGUUUACGCCGUUUGUGUCGCAGGUCAGCCCAUCGUUCUGGAAUACGCUCUCGGCGCUGAAGCUGAAUGAGUACCAGCUGAAUGACCAGCUGAUCUGCGCACAUGCCGAGUACAUUCCGUCCAAGACGAUCCUCGACCGUGUCACGGGGUCGGAGCUGGGGUCGGGGUGCCGCAUCCGACUGCAAGGCGACGGGAUCUGUGCGGAAGAGGGGCUGGCGGCGCGCGAGAAGGAUGCAAAGUCGCCGCGUGUGUACGGCUAUGUAAAAAACUUUAAUACGCUGCAAGAAUUCAAGGACGCCGACAAGCAGGCGUACUUUUACCAGGUGGUCGACGAGAUCUGGGGCGCAAUCACAGGAGACGCGUCGGAAAAAAGACUCGCGACAGUCAACGAUCCCAACUGCUUCUUGCUGCUCACGUACGCGGACCUCAAGUCGUACAAGUACUACUACUGGUUCGCCUUCCCUGCGCUCUUGACACAUGCCCCGGGCUGGACGAUCGAGGGGGGGGACGAGGCGUGGCAGCCGGCGCACCACCACCUCUCGCAGCCGAUGCUCAUUGCGCUCAUGUCGGUGCUGCACGAGACGCCGGGGACGACGGCGUGCUUCGUCUCGCACCUCGACGAGGAGUCGGUAUGGUUUUGGCCGCUCGACCAAGGCGCCGCGUACCUCGAGCAGACACCAGAGGACAAGCGCCUCUUGCUGUUUGUCGACCCUUCGCCCCAUACGCAGUACCCUGGGUGGCCGCUACGCAACAUGCUCACCUGUAUCCACGUGCGGCUGCAGCUCAGCACGAUCCGCGUGCUGUGUUGGCGCGACCUCUUUGAGGCGGACCGCGCGCUGCUCACAGAUACAAGCAAGGCGCCGUACCCUUGGAAGAGCGUCAUUGGUACGCUCUCGCUCCAUGCGCCGAACGACGGACUGGCGUGGCAUGGACACAAUACAGCGCUUGCCGCACGCCCGCAUGCCCCGCUUCCGGACGCGGUGGGCUGGGAACGCAACUCGCAAGGGCGCCUCGCACCAAAGCUCGUCUCGCUCGGCGCCAUGCUCGAUCCACGCUACCUCGCCGACCGCGCCGUGGAUUUGAAUUUAAAGCUCAUGCGGUGGCGUGUCAUGCCGGAUCUCGCGCUCGAAACGAUCCAGAGCGCGGAUACGCUGCUGAUUGGCGCAGGCACGCUGGGGUGCAAUGUCGCGCGCACGCUGCUUGGAUGGGGCGUGCGCAAAAUCUCAUUCGUCGACAGCGGCCGCGUCUCGUACUCGAAUCCGGUGCGGCAGUCGCUCUACGAGUUUGAAGACUGCCUGAACGGCGGCAAGCCCAAAGCGCACGCGGCCGCCGACGCUUUGCGGCGCAUCUUUCCCGGCGUCCAGGCCGAAGGGCACCAGCUCGCGGUGCCGAUGCCGGGCCACCCCAUCCCGCCUGCAUCGCGCGCAUCGACGCUCGACGCAAUCACCCAGCUCGAGCAGCUCGUGGCCGCGCACGACGUCAUCUUUUUGCUGACCGACUCGCGCGAGGCACGCUGGCUGCCGACACUCCUGGGCGCGUCGCGCAACAAGCUCGUGAUCAAUGCGGCGCUGGGCUACGACUCGUACGUUGUCAUGCGCCACGGCGCGUACUCCAGCAAGGCCGUGACGCCGCGGGCGGGAUGCUACUUUUGCAACGACGUCGUCGCACCGGUCGACUCGCUGUCGAACCGCACGCUGGACCAGAUGUGCACCGUGACGCGCCCCGGGCUCGCUGGCAUCGCCGGCGCGACCGCCGUGGAGCUCAUGGUGUCCGUGCUGCAGCACCCUCUGGGCGCCGCGGCGCCUGCACCGGCGCCUCAGCGCCCGGGUAUGGCACAGAGCGACGUGCAGGACCGCACCGAGCUCGGCAUCGUCCCGCACCAGGUGCGCGGCUACCUCGCCGACUUUACCACGCUCACCGUCUCGAAUUAUGCGUUUGAGCAGUGCACCGCGUGCUCGCCGUCGGUCAUCGAAGCGUACGAGAAAGAGGGACAUGACAUGAUCUGUGCCGCGUGCAACGACUCGGACUACUUGGAGCAUGUAUCGCACUUGGACGAACUCAAACGAAAAACGGACGCCUUGGAGCUCGAGCUGGACUGGAGCGACGAGGAGGCCGAGGGAAUUCAGUAG